ACACUAACACCACCAUGGUUAUCCACUUUUAAUCUACCUCAUGCUUGUUUACUGGAUUCCUAAGACAGAAAACACCCUUCCUGCAAAUGCUUCACAUCGGGUUGGUGUCGGUGCUAUUGUAUUCAAUGAGAACAGAGAGGUGCUUGUAGUUCAGGAAAAAACUGGUUGUUUCCAAGGAACAGGAAUUUGGAAAAUUCCUAGCGGAAUUGUUGAACAGGUACACAAUCACAUAAAUUAUUCUUUAAGAAGUCGGAUUCACUCAUCAUAUGCACGUCCGUUUCCCUUUGAUCUUCAGAAGCAAGAGCAAGAGAUCACGCAUACAGUACAAUUCAAACUUUCAACAUCAAUUCAAGAUGAUCUCACUCAUACCAAUCCCAUUUCUCAGGCUCAAGAUCUUGCUGCACUUGAUUGGGAUCGGCCAAAACAGCUCGCAGAUAGAUAGUUGAUGUUAUGUGCUGGUUUCGGUAUCUCCCUGAAGAUUGUGUUGGUGACUGCUAGGUGCUCUGGUUUCCUCCUUCAAGUCUCUGUCUCUGGCUCCGCAUUCCUCAAAGCUCUCCCCACACUCAAGGUCAGCAAGCCUUCUACUUAUUCUUUUGUCUUUAACAGAUCAUAGAUCAUUAUUAAUUAUGAGAGAAUUUCUUUCACAAAUGAGACAGGAAGCAAAUAUCCAGCUAUCAUGAUGUGAUGCAUUCAACUUUUUUAGUUUUCUCACAUACAUAAUUCUUCCUCUCUGAUUGAUACAAACUCAAAUAUUAACAAUCACAUCACACACCACCAGUUACAGGACAGAAUGGCUCAAACCUUCUCUAUUAUUUUUGCAAGCUGUUUCAAUCUGCCAAUCGAAAGGUAGAACCAAUUAGCUAGCAUUAGAAAAUGAAGCAUAUAGAAAGAC